GAAUUUGAUCGGUUCUUUGGGUGCAAGACUGUGAUUUUGAAGGUUAUCAAUGUAAGCUGAAGACUCUGCAAGGUAACCCGAACCAUCUGCGAGUGCGAUUGAGUCGUCGCCAACAAAAUCAGACAUCCCACAGUGAAGAAGAUCAGCUUUACGGGAAGCACAGAUGUGGGCCGAAAGAUUGCUCGUACCUGUGGAGAGAACCUCAAGCCUUGUUUGAUGGAGCUCGGAGGUAAAAACAAUGCGAUUGUAUGCGCUGAUGCCGACCUGCAGAAGGCGGCCAAGGAGCGCAUAGUUGGAGCUGUAUUGCAUGUAAGAAUCGAUCCGUCUGAAUUUUGACAAGCCUGCUGACAUUUGCAUUCAUCACAGUCCGGACAAAUAUGCAUGUUAACAGAUCGCAUCAUAAUACACGCGGACAUUGCCGAACGAUUUUUAGAGAUCUUGAAGGUUACUAUUAUCAACCUCGCGUCAUCAGUACCUGCUCCGCCAUAUCUUGUUAACGCCGCUGCAAAAUCUCGGCUACAGGUGAUAGUCUCAAACGCUCUAUCUGAAGGAGCUUCCAGUCUUGUUGGAGACAUUGAGCAACUACAGCCAAGAGAAGGCGAUGGAGCUACUCCUGUCAUUUUCGCACCCAUGAUUAUUAGAGGUAUUCAGGACGAGAGGGCCUUGUGGCAAGAUGAGAACUUCGGGCCUGUUGCCGCCUACAGAAUUGCCAAAUCCGAUGAAGAAGCGAUAGCCAUUGCAAAGCAGUUGGAGGCCGGGUGAGUAAGAUCUGAGACAACCUGCUUCUGGGAGGUGCGCUGAUGACCUUCUGUUUUUAGAGCUGUUCAUAUCAAUAACAUGAGCGUCCGCGAUGAACUUGCAUUACCAAUGGGUGGGAUGAAAAAUAGUGGCUGGGGUAGAUUCA